UCGCGCGGUGCGGACGCACAACUCUCUGCUGCUCGGACGGAUCCUGUGUUCCGGUGCUGUUGACGAAAUAUACUCUACGAACGGGGCUCCCGCCGGCCUUGGCUCUGUGAGGUGUUGGUGUAAGCGGAUUGUGUGUCUAACCCUUGCUACCCGAGUAGUUAUUGCAAGCGAAAAGUGUCAGAAAUCCUAAGCAGAUUUCACGCGAGUGAUCGAACUGUCUGGUGCCACAACAGAGCGUGCCAACGAAAAAAACACAUCAAACAUCCGAUCGUGUUGAUGAACACCGAGCGUGCAUGCUGGAUGCGUGCAUUGUUUAGAAAAGGAAAAAAUAGGUGCUUGGUGGACGUGUUUGUAUGCGUGCGUUUUGUACGGUCGGAGGUUUCUUUUCGCGGUUCGUCUUUAAUCCAUUCAUCCCCUCGACAACAACAUUUUAAUCUCCGCGCGCUUCGAGCGGGAAACGUCAAACGGCCUACAUAAUUGUCAUAACAGUGCUGUGCAGUGCGUGCGAUAGGAAAAGUACUAAAAAAUUACAAUACCAUAACCGUCAAGGAGUUUUAAGGAAAAUCUCGGCAGCUGCGAAAUCAACUAUUCUCGACACGAUUAGAAAACUGUAGAUCUACCAAUCGCACAACGAAGCAACAGCAGGUGGUCUGGAAAAGCGAAUCAAUCGAGAGUGGGCCGCAAAAGGAAAAACGGAAGUACUCGAUCGUAGAUUGUCUCGAGGAGCUCCAACAGCUUCCCUAACAUCAUUAUCUACAGCUUCAUCGCCCGCGCGGUGGGAUGAUCUAAAAGAAGUGCCGGUUUUGUUGGUGGAAAAUCGAAAAAAGUACGACGUCACUGCAACGGCGAGACGGAGAGAUCGGAAAACGUCUCCGGUACACGCAUGCAACCUUUUCCGCGUAUGUGCGUUGUUGUGACCGGCUCUGUGUGUGCACCUCAAGAUCGUCAUUUAUGUUUAUGCUGCAUGUCUUCUCCCCACGGGACGACGGCGCGCCGAAGUAAGACAUAAAUAACCAAACCCAACGGAACUGGGAAAAGGUGAUCUCGAGCGCGCGCGAGAGCAAGAAGCCACGCAUUCGACCUUACGAACGUACGAACGCGCGUGGAGUUGAAAGAAAGCAAUCAACAACGGAGUAGAGGAGCACGAACGAACAAAAAAAAAAACGGAGGUCUGAAGCGAAGAGGGCGAAACAAAAGAAAGAAAACACCCAAGAAGAGGCUCGAAGGGAGAACGAAACGCAAAUUUGUAAAGAAAAGGAAACUUCCAAAAGAAAACCUUCCCUUCGGUGGGCUCGGCUGCUGAAGCGAGCGGGCAAGCGAGCGGGAAAAGGGAUAGCCGAUAGGUCGAGCCGGGGAACGGCGCGGAAAGGGCGAAAGGCAGGAAAAGUCCAAAACGAAAAGCGGAAGGGCAAACGGAGAAGAUAUCUCUGUUCGACGGAAAACAAAGUCAAAACGACGGAAAACGAUCUUCGCCGGCGCGGGGCGAGGAGAGCAGCAGGCAGGGGCAGUUUGAAAAUCGAAACCCCGCGAGCGGUCCACAGCAGGACGAACGUGCCAGAGCGAGACAGAGGUAAACAAUUUUUGGGCUUGUCGCGCACGGCCUGUGGAUUUGUGUGUUUUUUUCUCGUGUGUCCUCCUGUCCGACCCGACACAGACUCCGGACGGUUCGAAGCCGAACCGAAUCCGUCAGAAAGGGCCUGCCGUCGAUCGGAGAGCGUUUAUGUCGUGUCGCUCGUCGGUCACAAAUUCCGAACGGUGGAAAAUUAUUUUUCCCCGCUACGACUACAGAAUCCCGUUUGCUGGUGUGUGACACAGAUUGUUUCUUUUAUUUUUCCGCGAGCAAGUGUUCUGAAAAGUGCAACUGAGAAGUAAACACCCAAGCAUCCCUACCGAGUAGGGUGUGUUGUGCACCCCCCCACGGUUAGCAGUUCAGUUUUGGAUUCCCAAGGAAGGUAGGAGCAAAAAUGUGCACCUCAAUCGUGGCACGAGCGGUGAUCAAUGGUUUCGAUUUGAAUUUCUCCCCAUCGGCGAGAGUUCUGUGAAGUGGCCACUUCACAAGUGGCACGGUGUGCGAUCGUCGUGGUGAGCCAGGAGGGGCAGUGCGCGAGUGCUAGGAAGUGAAGGAAGCUACCCUCUUUCACCUCUUCUUCACGGUACUAACGAGAGUGAGUUCAUUGGAAUGAAGAAGAAAUAAGCACGAGUGAAAGAAAGUGAAAGAAAUUCUGGAGAAAAGAAGCGAAAAGAUCCACAUCUCCCCAGAGCCUACUACAGCGCAAGGAUCUGCGUGGGAGUUUGUGUGUGCUUGUGCGUGCAUAUUUGUCUGUGUAUCUGCGUGUGUGUGUGCAUGUAAAUUGAAGGGUGCGUGAGGUGAACCGAAUUUCGAAAAUACGAUUGUUUGUAGCAGCAGCAACAACGACAACGUCAAACAAACUAUGGUGGUGCCAACGAUGGAUAGCCUCCCGAGGGUACCCGACACCCACGGGGACACCGUGGACGAGAAAGUAUUCUCCGACCUCUACAUCCGGACGAGCUGGUUCGAUGCGUCGAUAGCGCUGGAUCAAAUAGAGAAGGGCAAAGCACGGGGGAGACGGUCAGCAGUGUACAUGCGAUCGCUGUUCCAGUCCUAUCUGUACAAUCUCGGCUGUUCGAUACAGAAGCACGCCGGCAAGGUGUUAUUCGUGGCGAUACUGGUGCUGAGCACGUUCUGCGUCGGGCUGAAGUCGGCCACGGUGCAUUCGAAGGUGCACCAGCUGUGGAUACAGGAGGGCGGGCCGCUCGAGCACGAGCUGGCGUACACGCAGAAAUCGCUCGGCGAGAUGGACUCGUCGACGCACCAGCUACUCAUACAGACGCCGAAGGACAUGGACGCGUCGAUACUGCACGCGGACGCUCUGCUGACGCACCUGGAGGUGGUGCGGAAGGCGAUAUCGGUGACGGUGCACAUGUACGAUAUUACGUGGAGCCUAAAGGAUAUGUGCUACUCGCCCAACAUUCCCAGCUUCGACACGCACUUCAUCGAGCAGAUCUUCGAGAACGUCAUCCCGUGCGCGAUCAUCACGCCGCUGGACUGCUUCUGGGAGGGUAGCAAGCUGCUUGGCCCCAAGUAUCCCGUGCACAUACCUGGUCAAACUAAUAAGGUGCAGUGGACGUCGCUGAACCCGCAGAUACUGCUGAAGGAAAUCAAGGCCCAGAACUACCAGUUCCCGUUCGAGACGCUCGAGCAGUACAUGAAGCGGGCGGGCAUCAGCACAGGCUACACGGAGAAGCCGUGCCUCAACCCGAAGGACAAGCAGUGCCCGGACACGGCGCCGAACAAGAAGUCCGGUCAGGUGCCGGACAUUGGCGCCACGCUGACCGGUGGCUGCUAUGGGUUCGCCGCGAAGUAUAUGCACUGGCCAGAGGAGCUGGUGGUCGGAGGGGCGGUGCGCAACCGCACGCACCACCUGAAGUCGGCCAAGGCGCUGCAGAGCGUCAUCCAGCUGAUGGGCGAGCGAGAGCUGUACGACUACUGGAGCAACCACUACAAGGUGCACCACAUUGGAUGGAGCACUGAGAAGGCUUCGGAGGUGUUGCGCGCGUUCCAGCAAAAGUUCCGGGCCGAGGUGAACCGGAUCACGCAGACGGAGGUGACGCCGGUGUCAUACUAUGGCGUGUACGCGUUCUCGUCCGCCACGCUGGAUGAUCUGCUCGGGAAGCACUCCAGUCCGAACCCGGUCAGCAUCGGUAUUGGUAUCGCGGUCGUACUGGUCUACACGUCUUUCAUGCGCAUCCGCUGGAGGGACGCUGUGCUUGGCCAGAGCGGUGUCUGCGUUGCCGGGGUGCUGCUAAUCGCGGUCACGUCCGCGGCCGGGCUGGGCUUCUGCGCGCUGCUGGGGAUCGCCUUCAAUGCUGCCACGACUCAGGUCAUCCCGUUUCUGGCGCUCGGCUUCGGUGUGGACCACAUCUACGUGCUGACGCACGCGUACGCCACCAGCGACACGAGCGAACAGACCGGCCAGGUGCUGAAGAAGGCCGGCAUGAGUGUGCUGCUCACGGGCGCCUCGACGGCAUGUGCGUUCUUCGCGGGCACACUCAUCCCGGUGCCGGCGCUGAAGGUGUUCUGCUUCCAGUGUGCCGUGCUGAUGGUGUUCAACCUGGCCGCCGCGUUGCUCGUAUUCCCCGCAAUGAUUUCGCUUGAUCUACGCCGCCGGAGGUCCGGUCGUGCCGACAUCCUUUGUUGUGCCCUUCCGGCUCUUCCGAGCACCACGCAUGACCUCGGCCGGUCACGGUAUCACUAUCAUCAGCAAUCGCAGCAUCCUCCACAACAGCAACAGCAACAAGGACAGGGCCAAUCGGCAGCUGGCGAUACCGAAACGCAACGCCCCGAGGAAGACUCACUGAUCGAAUGUCAGACGCAGUCGUGGCUCAACUUCUCGAUGUCACGGUUCGCCGCCAAACACUACGCGCCGUUCAUCAUGAAGAGCUCGGUCAAGGUGUUCGCCAUGCUGCUGUUCUCCGGCAUCCUUGGCGUGUCGAUGUUUGCCUCGAUGCGACUCUCCGACGGGCUGGAGCUGACCGACCUCGUGCCGCAGGACACGAACGAGUACCGGUUUCUGAGCGUGCAGGGCAAGCUGUUCGGGUUCUACAGCAUGUUCGCCGUGACGCAGGGGGAUUUCGAGUACCCGAACAACCAGAAGCUGCUGCACGAGUACCACGAGGCGUUCGUGCGCGUCUCGCACGUGAUCAAGAACGACAACGGGGGCCUACCCGACUUCUGGCUCAGCUUGUUCCGCGACUGGUUGAUCAAUCUGCAGAAGGCGUUCGACAGGGACUAUCGGGAGGGGCGCAUCACGCAGGAGCGCUGGUACGCGAACGCCAGCAACGAUGCCAUCCUCGCCUACAAGCUGCUGGUGCAGACGGGCCAUGUGGACAAUCCGAUCGACAAGAGCCUGGUGACGCAGGUACGCCUGGUAGACUCGGAAGGUGUCAUCAAUCCGCCGGCGUUCUACAACUACCUUUCCGCCUGGGCGUGGAACGAUGUGCUGGCGUACGGUGCAUCACAGGGCAACUUGCGACCGGAACCGAGGGAAUGGAUCCACACACCGUCCGAUUUUGAGCUGAAGAUUGCAAAAAGCGCACCGCUAACCUACACCCAGCUGCCAUUCUACCUACACGGGUUAAGCGACACGGCCGACAUCAAGACGAUGAUCACCCAGAUCCGGGAGUUGUGCACCAAGUUCGAGGCGCGUGGCUUACCAAACUAUCCGCAAGGUAUUCCAUUCAUUUUCUGGGAGCAGUACAUGUAUUUGCGUACGAACCUGCUGCAUGCCGAGUUCGGCGCCAUGUUUGGGGCGGCCAUGUUCACCUUCAUGUUGCUGUUGUCGCUUUGGGGCACGCUGUUGGUUCUGUUCAACGUACUGACGCUGCAGAUUCAGCUGCUCGGCGUUAUGGUGCUGCUUGGAAUCAAACUGUCCGCCAUCCCGGCCGUCAUGCUGAUCGCCAGCGUGGGGUUGGGCGUCGGUUACAGUGCAAAUGUGGCCUUGGGUUUCAUCACUUCGAUCGGAAAUCGCGAUCGUCGGGUGAGGCUGGCGCUGGAGCAAUCGUUCGCACCGACCGUCCACUGCGUGAUGACGUCCGUGCUGUCCGUCUCCAUGCUGUACACCUCCUCGUUUGAGUUCGUCGUGCGCCACUUCCUUUGGCUGCUCCUGUCGGCCAUCGUGAUCGGAGCCGUCAAUGGUCUGUUUUUCUUUCCGAUCCUGCUCAGCCUGAUCGGCCCGGGAGCGGAGGUGAUCCCACUGCAGCACGCGAACCGCAUCUCGACGCCGUCGCCACCACCGAAGCGCAUCAACAAGCUGUCCUCGGGCAAGCCGAUCAUCCUGAACAACCGACGGUCGUCGUGUUCGCGGAGCUGCACCAAACCGCACCAUCACCACAAGCACAACAACGUCAACCUGAACAACGAACCGUCGCUGACGACGAUCACCGAGGAGCCGCAGUCGUGGAAGAGUUCCGCCUCGUCCAUUCCGUCGAUCCAUGAGAAGGCGAACGUCGCGUCGGCCACCGCCGCCACGUCCGCCAGCCAUCUCGGUGGUGGUAGCAACGUGGCCGGCGUUGGAGGGGUUUACAGCCAUCCGCACGCGCACCACUACCAUCACCAUCAUCACCAGCAGGCGCCGGAACUGCAGAGCAUCGUGCUGCAGCCGGAGGUGACGGUGGAAACGCACCAUCACGGGGGUGAACACCAAAACACCAAAGUGACGGCCACGGCCAACAUCAAGGUGGAGCUGGUGACGCCGGGACGCGCCACUCGGAUGAUGCACACGACCGCCAGCAGCACCAGCAGCAGCAACAACAGCUCGUCCAGCAGCAGCAGCGGCAAUGGAAGCACUGGAAGCAGCAGCAGCUAACCCUCCCUCCGAAGCAGUAUUUCGUCCCGAGCGGACGAGAACCUACCAAUACCUAGACAAUUCCACCAUCCAACCCGGAGGAUCGAGUCAAUCACAAACCCAUUAAACCAUCAACCGAGUGGCAGUGGCGUGUACAUAGAAGCUAUUUGUUAGAUUCGUUAUUUAUUUUCCUUCCCACACAUCCGAUCGAUUGCGACGACUCCUUACCCUGUUCAUAGGUUAACGCUAGCUGGCGAGAGGUUAGAAAUCAAAGAAAGUGUAGCAGUGUGUGCGUAGUUAAUAGACCGAAAAAACCGAGCAGAGUGACAGAAAGUAUUACAUUACACAUGACUCUUGUGCAUGCUGUAAGACGAUAGGCAUAUCUUGUAGGCUCGGCAGAGGUGUUCAAUAGGAUGCCGUGACGCGUAGCGAUUAGUAGCACUAGAGUUACCCCUCCCGUGUUUCGCCAGGGUAGCAACUGCGUUGGACUGAUUGUAGUAGCUUUCGUUUUGUCUAUUGUAAGUAUUCAUCAUCGUAGGAUAAUGUGUGAAGACCUCAACCUGUAUAUUUGGGGGAAACUAUCACGAACACGACAGAAAACGACAUUAGUGCGUGUUGAUCGAGAAAGAUGGACGAAAGAUAGAGAACACAUUUUCAGGGGCUAUGUAGAUAUAGGAGACGUUGUUUAGUUUUCGUUCUUAACUUGUGUCCAAUGUGGGCCCGAGUCCAGCAGAGUCAGCAUAAAACCCAACAGUACUUAAUUGCAAUUGCGUACUAGACAAACACGAAUAGAACUUCACCUCGGCGGAUCACGUUCGGUUGAAGAGAGAAAAGAGCAAAGAGGAGUAACAAAUAACAACGAUAACAGUGUAAAUGAUAGUUUGUAAUAAACAUUAUUCAAAGGAAGGUGAAAACCGUCGGAUUGCGGAGAUGUCGCACCAUCGGACGCAUCGUCAAGCAGACACAAAACAUGUAUACCGAAAAGUAUCAAAGACACAAACCAAACCGAUUUUAACAAACAAAACGAACGAGGAACAAUGUUGCGAGAGGAAACCGGAUAAUAAAGUCUCCGUUCAGCUGAGUUGAGGAUCGAAGAAGAAGUUCUAAACCAACGAAACACAGCGCACCCCCGUGCGUGUAAAUAUAAUUUGAAAAAUAAUAACAAAAAACAACUUUAUCUACUUACGAAAAUUCCCACCUGGUCGAAGUAAAAAAACAAGCGAUCCACUAGUUUAGGGAUAGGAAACACAAGCAUACGUGAGGGUAUUGGACGAGCACAGCGAAAACCUUCUUUUGUACGGCAGUCAUUAUAAAUUCGAUUAAUAAAUUGGAAAUUCGAUUGAAAUUAAAAUUAGGGUUACCAGAGAAGGGUUAUCUACAAUUUCAGCGGGUUUCUCACCGACAAGGGUGGAGAGUUUUUCGACACACUAUAUUCUGAAUUCAGUUCCUCGGCGUAAGUAGUUUUUAGCGUAGGAAGCGAACGUCUCUUCGAGCUGUAGGUUUUAUAAUGUAGAUGCUAGCGAGGAACAGGUGUAUUGUAAAGAGUAUAUUUAUUUAUUUUGCAGUAAAGUGGUGUCUUUAUUAGGUUCGGCUCCUCCUUAGGUGGCGAUCGCAGUGGUUUCGAAUGUUGAAGCAGAGAAAUAAUAAAAGAUUCGUCAGAUGCUUCAGUGU